AUGUCCGAAGAGAAGAUCAUCGUUAGACCAGUGUCCUUAAAUGAUGAAGAAGAUUGGAAAAGGUUAUGGAAACACUACCAGGAACAUUAUGAGGUACAUCUCUCUGAAGAAGUAGCUGAACGCAACUUCAAGAAUUUUUUAGAACCAGGUGUUGAGAUGUGGGCUGCCAUUGCAAUCAAUACUGAGACGGGCGUUCCGAUUGGUAUGGUGAAUUACCUCCAUCAUUUAACUACUUGGGAUAUUAGGGGAAAAAUGCUACUUCACGAUCUUUUUGUGGAAGAAGGGUCUAGAAUUAAGGGAGUGGGAAGGAAACUAAUGGAAUAUGUUUUUCAUGAAGCAGACAAAAUGGGGAUUGAAAUAGUUUAUUGGACUACCGACCAUUAUAACCACAGAGCGCAAUUAUUAUAUACCAAGAUAGGGCACAAAAACUCAAAAGUUAUAUAUGAAAGGUAA